CCUCCUCCUCCCUCAUAAAAACACGCACAACCACGCCUCCAGAGGCACGCGCACAGGCGCAGGCUCGGACACACCUCCUCCUCCAUCACACACAAACACACACACACGCAAUCACACACACGGGGGAGUGUGAGAGCAUCGCUGGGUGAAGCAGACAACACGUAAAGGCAGCAUGAAGGACGACUGUGGUUCUCCGGGAGGCUCCCAGCAGGUGCGGCCGGGAUGAAGCUGCGUCUCAUCGGAUGGAGAGCCAGGUUUCACCAUGUCCACCGCAUCCGAGCAACUCCUCACCGGAGAGACGGCUGUGUUGAUCUCGAAUCACACUGAAUGGAGAGCAUUGAAGUUGCUUUAAGAUGACACGAACGCAUCCUCCUGAUAUACUGGCAUCGACUCUAUAUCAGGACAUUUCUCUAAAUCCCAUCACCGACCACUCCAUUUCUCUUUACUCCUCCCAGCAAUGUGACUUGAAAAUGAUUGAUAAAUCAGAGAUCAUCAACAAAAGACACUGCCGUAGUUUUGACUUCAUUGAGUCACUAGAUGACCCACAGACCUUCUCUUCCUCGAUGGAGUACCCUUACAAGAGGUCUGAGCAUCAGACAUUAAACAAAGAUCUAAUGUGGAAUGGACUGGAUCACCCGGGGCAUCUUCGCUUUUCGUCUCCUGAUCUGUUUAACACCAGGCAGUUCCAGCAGCAGUCCACACAAGACAACACCAACCAUCUCACUUGGUCAGAUUCUAAAAAGAGAUCAAGAUCUAAAAGCACUCCUAGAGUUAAGGCUACCCUCACUCCAGUGCCCAUCUCAGUAUCUCCUCCAGGAGCCAGGAAGGGGAGGGAUGCACCUCAGGCUGUGUCAGAUAACUCGAGGACUUCUGAAUCACAGCGAGAAUCCUACUCCUCAAACAGGGCUUUUUUGAAUGAGGUGCAUCCUAUCAAAUUGCAGCCUCAUUCUCCCCUCUACGUUUCAGACUGCUUUGAAGAGGAGAAAACAGAUAAGCCCGCCAUAACCCCUCAUGUUAGAUGCCGUGUGGACAUUAAACCAGAUGCUGCUGUACUGCAACACACAUCUAGGCAGAUUCCCAAUGUACGGACUGAGCAUCUGUGGCAGAGAUACUCCCAGGCCAGCAGUAGUCGAGGCUUGUAUGUACCACGGCAGGUUGUCUCCUCACCAACGCCCACUCCAAGCGAAUGCUACAGUGGAGAUUUUAGACAAGGAUACCACUAUACCAGCAUGUCUCCCAUCUCUUACCAGCAUCUAGACAUGCACAGAAUGCCAUCACCAACGGCGCCAUAUCUGAGUCAAGAACAAAGAGCUUACUCAAAUCCCAACAUACCGACCAAGUUUUUCUAUACAGAGGACGCUGUUCGGUAUCCAGUCCAUCCCUAUUCUCGAGCCUACUUUCAGGAUGAUCGGUCCAGUCUCACCAGCCAUGGUAGUACAAUGACUAGUCAGUACGACCCAAGGACUCGAUGGGUGCACACCCUUCCUGUUAGGCCGUAUUACACGGACCAGUUUUCCAACCGAGAGUCAUCACACUCCCUAUAUGGUAGGCCUUAUUCCACAAGUGAGGUAGGAUCAUACUUUUCUCAAACUCCACUGUCUAGAGCUUACUAUGGAGAGGACACCCGGUUCAAUCCAUACCACAUGAGCAGCUCAAGGUUGUUUUAUUCCAAACCAUUCUGCUCUCCUGAGGAGCAGUACUUUUCAACAAGGCCAUAUCACACAGAGGGCCGUCGACGCCCUCGAAUGUCCCAGGCCUUUUCAGAUGACUGGUAUCGCUCAAGUAUAUCUGGUUACUCUAACCAGUCAUCUCAGCACACACCACCAAGGGUAAGGCCAGACCCCACUAUACCCCACUGGUUCACCAACAGCGAGACAAGUCGUCUAGGCGCAGAGGCCAAAAGCCACUCCAAGUCUUGGGACAAUAUUCUAUAUCCACGGCAUGACAGAGAGCAAUCAGUACCACGUGGACGGAGCUACGAGAAUCUGUUUUCCCAAGCAAGACAUGCAGCAUCCUCUGAUGUUACAUCUCAACCUGUCAUACUGAACCUUUCCAGUUCACCGAGGCGCUACGCUGCCCUGUCACUCUCCGAAACCUCCUUAGAGAGGGGCUCAAGCAGUUCGUGGAAGAAUUCCAAGAGUGGGCACUGGUUUGUAACUCCUGAGAUUACCAUAACAGACAAUGACAUAUGUGCAGGCAACAGCAGGCGGCGUGAAGUCCACUCUGUCAGCUGGGAUACGAUGGACGGUGAAAAAUCACCAUCUCCGAGAGAAGUGCAUCAGAAACAGCCAUCUAACACAACAGACAUUACCAAAGACAGGAAACACAACAACUUUUCUCUCCAGCAGAGUCUAGAGCAACUGGAUGAACUCUUAGCUGAUCUGGUGGUGGACUACAAACCACCAACUAGCAGAAAGUCAAGUGAGGAUCUGUUAGAUCAGCUAAAACAACUAAUCACUGAAGAUGAUGACAAAAACAAAGGAUCUUCUGGACUUGAAAACCUAGGAGGCCUGAACACACAGCUCCCGUCCUCUAAAUCAAGCCCUGACACAAUCAAAGACCCCGAUAGUGGGUGCGAUGCUUUACAAAGGAGUGCAGAGGAAUGCUCUCCAGACCAUAGCACAGAUGAAGACGACACGAUGGUGUGUGCGAACAAAAAGUGCAAUCGGAUUGAAAAUAUGUUCAAUGCCUGCUUGUACUUCAAAUCGUGUCACAGUUGCUACACGUUUUACUGCUCGCGAAACUGUCGCAGGGAUGACUGGGAGACCCAUAAAGAGACAUGCCUGUACGGUCGUGUUAGCAGCGUGUGUCGGCACACUCUAAAGUUCUGCCGAGAGAAUACAGAGAUCCACAAAGCCUUCUCGCGGGUUGCUAAAGCUGGUUACCUCUCCAGAGGGAGAGGGGUUCUCUUUCUGGGUUUUGCUAAUCCAGAGACAGCUGACAACUUCCUGCAAGUUGGGCUCGAGAGCCUCCUAAUGUCACCCACGUACUUGUCCCUCAGAGAGCUGGAUGGAUUCAAAGACAACCUAGGUGAAUACUGCAAGGAGCUGCAGCAAGCAGGUAAUGAGUACGACCCCAAUGAAUGUUUCCUUCUGAAUGUAUCCAUAGCUGUUGGUGAACUAGUGCCUAACAGACCUUCACCAAGGGUCCAAGCACCAACAGUUCGAAAAUAUGCAAAGGUGUCCUUGGCCUCCUCAAGCCCUGACAAAAAGGUACUCAAGAAGGAGAGUGAAAUGGAAACUCUCAUCCUCACUCCGCCUCCAGGCACACCAGACAUUGACAAGGAGGGGGAGGAGGGAAGAAAAGCUAGAGAGGUGUGCUUUGUCAAUAUCCAGCGUGAGCUCAGGACCAGAGGAGUCUUCCUUCGUCACGAGUACCCCAAAAUCUAUAAUCAGUUGUGUGAGUUUGUGGAGAGCAACAAAAGGUUCACCCCUACUACUAUUUAUCCCAUAGAUAAGAGAACAGGGAAACAGUUUAUGUGCAUGAUCAUGGCUGCCUCCGAGCCAAGAACACUAGACUGGGUGGGUACCCCUCAUCUCUUGGAUGAUAUUAUAUAGUAUAGCACUAAAUAGUAAUGGUAAUGAUGUCAGUCACAGUAAAUGUAUAUAUUGUAAAUACAUGGUGUGAUUUAGCAAAUUGAACAUUGACAUGGAAAUAUGUGUAUGUAUGUGACCAAUCUUUUUCUCUCUGUCUCUCUCUUGAUCUUAGUUCUGUCUGUUGCCACACACACAAAAACUCUCACACACAUACAGUAAACAUACACUUUCAAAGGAUGUCCUUUGUUGUUUUUGGCUUGUUUUGCACCAGAGAGUUAAAAGCCUGCAUGUAGACUAGGCACAAACCCAGUUAUCCAGGUGUUCAAGAUGUGUACUUGUAUGAUCUGUGCAGUUUCUGCAGACGGUGUAUGAAGAACACAAUAUUUGCGAAGUGCACAUUUCAUUGCCUCCAAAUAAUAGUUGGCAAAGCCAGGUUUCAUAUUGUAACUGUCACCCAACAUUGAUUUCUCCAAAAAAUGUUAUAUCAGAGAUUUAUAUUAUACCUUGUUACAGUGGUUGUAAGAUUACAACUGUUUUAUUAGUAUUUAAGUAUUAUUUCCUUGGUAUGCUGUAGUUGUGUGAGUAUUUUUUUUAAUUAUUGCUAUAUUAGUUACUGGUUCAUAGUAAUAGAAGUACAAUCAAACCACCUGUUUGUUUUCCCACUUCUUUUAGGGUUUUAGUUAGAACUUAUUUCAUCUUGUGAAAAGACUUGAUGUCAUUCUGGUAUGAAUUGCUUUGUUUGAAAGUGGCCUUCAGUCAAAAACAAACAAACAAAAAAAAGCAUUUGACACAAAGCAAUGUAUAGGGUAAGCUAUUUCUAAAGGCUUGACAGCUCCAGACUUAGGUUGUUUGAACCAUUGUAAAUGAAUAAUUAUUUUGCUCAAAGCAUGUUAUAUUCAGGUAUUUUAAUAUUGAUAUUGCUUAUAAUUAAAUUUAUUAUGUUAAUGAGAUACCGUUUGAUGCUUAGAAAUGUAAGAAGUAUAUUAUAUAUAUUGAAUAUUAGAUCAUUUGAACAUCAUGACCUUGAGACCUUAUUGUAACUAAUACCACAGUAUGUUCUUAAUUAAACCAUAUGCAAUAAAAGAGCAACCUUAACAUCUAUAUUGUAAAAACCUAUUUUAUUAUGAAUAUUGAAUAAGUCCUUUGAGCCAAGAGUUGUAGAGACUCUGUUUGCACUAAAACAUAAAUUAUAAAAUAAGAAUGUUCCUAACAAAGCUACAGCACUGAACCCAGAUAAGAUAAUAUGCCUGCUUCCAUUGCCAUUAUUGACUAAUCUAAGGUUGCUCUUUUACUUGAUUAUAUAUCUUUGUGCAAGACCCUCCUCAACUUUCUAUUUUGUGAUGUUUAUAACCUAUAUAUAAAUAUAUAAUAAAUGGAAUUUAACGAGUGA